ACUAACAUACAUUCGUCUUCAUAGUUCUAUUGCUGUAAUACACCUGAGUUUCUUACGUGAGUUUCUUUCUUUACGGCGGAUAUUGUGAAUUUUAUCAUGGCAGAUUCCUCAAACUCAAAUAUGGACAAUGUGGUCAAAUCAUCCACUGAAAGUGGUUCAAGUAGUGAAGCAUCCACUUUCACUGAUGAAAAGGCUGAUAAAAAGGUCAGAAAGUUUCAACCCGCACUCUUAGACCCUGCUGAACGUCGUCAUUUUCUUCAUGAGAUGGUGAAAAGCUUCCCGCAAUCAAUAAAAGACCGUAUAACGGUUUUGAAGAAUAUUCAGUUAGAACAAAUUGCGAUUGAUUCUGAAUUCUACAAGGAAAUUAAUAACUUGGAGGUAAAGUACGUUGCCAAGUUUCAAAAGUUUUAUGAUCAGAGAUUUGAAAUAGUUUCUGGUAAAUAUGAUCCACCAGAGCAAGACCCAAAAUGGAAGGAACCCCCUUGUGAUGAAAAUGCAAAAGGCGACCAUGACCAUGAUCAAGCAUUUAAUGACUACAAGAACCUAACAAAUGACUCCAUCGGCAUUCCUAGUUUUUGGUUAGAGGUGUUGCGCAGUGUGGAUGUGGUUGGUCAUUUGGUACAGGACCAUGACGUACCAAUCUUGCGAAAACUGAUCGAUGUUAGAGAAAAAUGCGGUGAAGGAAACUCUUUUACUAUUGAAUUCAAUUUUGAACGCAAUGAUUAUUUCACUGAUGAGGUUCUUACAAAGAAAUACUUCUUUAAUAUCGAGCCUAAUAAAAAAAUACCGUUCCAAUAUGAUGGGCCAAUAAUUUGGAAGAGUGAAGGUUGUCUUAUCCACUGGAAGAAAGAUAUGAAUCUAACGUUAGAAACAGUAAACAAAAUCUCUAAAGACGAUGCCAAUAAAAUAAUAUUUAAAACUGUUCCACGUCGGUCCUUUUUCCAUUUCUUUAACCCACCGCUGGAACAAAAUACAGAAUCUAUAGAUAAAGAUAUGAAAGAGGCCUUAAACGUUGAUUAUGAUUUGGGACUAGUGUUUCGUUCACGUAUUAUACCUAGGGCAGUUUUAUACUUCACCGGUGAACUGCCUGAAGUUGAUCCAUGUGCAUGUAAUGAAGAUGAGUCAGAUUCUGAUGAAGGGGGUGCUGCUGGAGGUGAUGCUGGAGGUGAUGCUGCUACUGCCUUCGAUGCUGCAACUCUUGGUGCCAACCUAUUAUUGAGCAAUCAAUGUAAACCUCAAUAAAAUUUACUAAUAUUUAACUAAA